ACCUCCUGCAGCUGAGCAUUGUGUCCUCCCCAUCACAGGAGCUGCCAGUGUGAGCUGGAGCGUGGCCUGCAGCAGACCACGGGCCACGAGCUCGGCUCUGCCCUGCACAGCCCCGACCUGCUGUGGGAGGAUGACUCCCCUCAGGGGCAGAGGGAAGCUGAGCCAGCCCCAGCCUCCACCGAGGAUGCUUUCAGGAUGCAUCUGUACCUCAGACAGGAGACUCCUCUGGACAGCAGCCAAAAGGAGAGCUGGAUGCAGCAGCCUGGGGAGAGCAGUGAGAAGGUGAGAGCCCAUCUGUCACCCAUGGAGCUGAAUCCCCAGCUUCCUGGCCUGGAAAAUGCAGCCAGAGAAAGUCCUUCUCCAAGCCCGCCCAUGAGGGCUGCCGCAGAUUUGGCAGAAGCUGUCACCAGCAAGUUCAUCAUCUUUGCAAACAGGCUGAGCACAGAGGAGCAGAGGGGAAUGCCCCCACCUGGAAUGGUGCAGGUGGAGGUACAGAGCCAGACUCAGCCUCGAGCUGUGGGUUCUCCCCACCCUGAGCGGGGCACGUCAUUUACACAGCCCAUCCCAAACUCACCUCAACCUCUGCAGGCAGAGGAUUCUUACAAAACAGACCUGGAGACAGGAUUUCUCCCAAGCUGGACAGAAGCCUUUAAGGUCAAGGAGGUAACAGCUGGAGAAGGCCAGCAGGCCAGAGGAGUCACCUCUCAAGGGAAGACGUGCAAGCCCAAGACUGACAUUGUUUUCCUGAAGGUCCACAAGAGCGCCAGCAGCACGGUCAUGAACAUCCUAUUCCGCUUUGGGGAGAUGCACAACCUCACCUUUGCCUUCCCCCAGGGCGGGGGCUACCAGCUCUACUACCCCUACCACUUUCUGGCCAGGUUCGUGCAGGGCUUCUCCCCUCUGAGCCCCCGGCGCUUCAACAUCCUCUGCCACCACAUGCGCUUCCUGCAGCCGGAGGUGCAGAAAGUGGUGCCCAGCUCCGCCGUCUACUUCUCCAUCCUGAGGAACCCCGUGCAGCUGAUGGAGUCCUCCUUCGUGUACUACAAGGGCGCCUCGGCCUUCUCGCGCGUCCGCAGCCUGGAGGAGUUCCUCAGCCAGCCCUGGCGCUACUACGACCCCACCAGCGGCGACCGCCACUACGCCAGGAACCUCAUGACCUUCGACUUCGGCUUCAACCCCGACGGAGACGUGUCCCCCGAGCGGGUGCAGCUCAUGCUGAAGGCCAUCGAGUCGUCCUUUGACUUCUUGCUCAUCUCCGAGUACUUCGACGAGUCCAUGGUGCUGCUGAAGGAGAUGCUGUGCUGGGACCUGGACAGCGUCGUCUCCUUCCCGCUCAACAGCAGGGACAGCAGCACCAAGUCCCUGCUCCCGGACUCCGUCGUGGAGAAGCUGAAGGCCUGGAACAGGCUGGACUGGGAGAUCUACACGCACUUUAACAGGACCUUCUGGGAAAGGAUCGAGCGCCACAUCGGCCGGGAGCGGCUGCGGCGGGAGGUGAGGGCGCUGCGGCAGCGGCAGGCGGAGCUGGCCCGGGCCUGCCUGCAGGGCACGGGCAGCGUGGGCCCCAAGGACAUCAAGGACUCCUCCCUGAGGCCGCUGCAGCACGGCGGGGCCAGGAUCCUAGGCUAUAACCUCAAGCAGGGCUUGCCUCGGGAGCUGGAGCGGACCUGCCGGCGGCUGGUGACGCCGGAGCUGCAGUACAGCAGCCUGCUCUACAAGAAGCAGUUCCCGCCGCCGGCCCCCGAGAGCCCCCGGCCCGCGGCCUCCCGGGCCCCGCCGCACCGGCCGGAGCCCACCCGACACUGAGAGAGCCGGCCCGCUGCCUCCCCAGCUCCAUCCUCCGCAGCGGCCGGAGGCCACCCGAAACUGAGCCCUCCCGGGCCCUCGGGCAUCCUUCUCCAUCUGCUGCGGACGGCGAGGCUCGGCCCGGGGGCCGGGGCUGCCUGGCCGGGCCCAGGCGGGGCUGGGGAUGCUCCUCUCUCCGUGCCCCGCUGGGCACAAGCUGCGGGCUGCAGAGCGGGUCCCAGGGGCUGGACAGGACUUUUCCAGAGGGAAAACCCCCCAGAGAGCACCUGCAGCCUCAAGACAGCACCGGCUCCAGCAGCGAGGAGCAGGUCCGGGAGGGCAGCCCAAAUCCUCAGCCCAGCAGCGCAGAGUGCGACAGAACAGGGCCAAGGUGUAAAUCAGAGCUGUGGGUAAAAGAUCCCAAAGAAUCCCAGCAGGACUGACUCUCCCAAAAAAAUCCCAGCAGGAUUGACUCUCCCAAAAAGUCCCAAAAGGUUUGAUUUACAGCGUGGGAAUGAGUCUGUCUGUCUGUCUGUGCAGCUGCACCUCGCCCCUGCUCCAUUGAUGUUACCAUGCUGGAAAAGCAGGCUCUUAAUUAAAAAUAACAGUCACUGUCACUCCUUAAAUUCCUCUUAAUUACAUCAGUCUGCCCAGAAGAUGACCUCCCCAA